GGCAUACCAUUCUCCGCAUUCUUCCCCCCGCAAGCUUCAUUUGCCUUGCCACAACCAACUUUCGCCCAGCCCAUGCCCGCGGCCCUCUUCCCUCAAGGCUGGGGUGGACUACCCAAUCCAGCCACGGCCCCUCUGCGCAAUGGUGGGUUUCCUGGCAUCCAUCUUCGAAACCACACCGGCGGCGUGGGGCUGCCCCCAGGAUACGACUACGCAUUCCCGCGCGAACACACCAAGAUCCAUGUCUUCAAGACUGGGCCGACGCCCCCAUGGCAGCAGACUCUCUGGUCAUGGGAUGGCACAAACCACGUCAAGCUUCUCGUGCCCUGUACCACCACGGUGAAGGAAUUGAUGCAGAACCUCGGAUGCACGAAUGGCGACGCGAAUAAGAAUAAGUUGCAUGAGAUUCAGGAGGCCGGUAAUGGGAGAUGGGUCAAGGGUAUAACGAUUUCGGGGGGUGAUAAGGAUAGGGUUAAGAAACAGAUUGCGGAGUUUGGCUGGGAUAAGUCGAGGACUGGGGCACCGGGGGAGAGACCGGUUGUUUGGCUUUGGUGUACGAAG